AUGCAGUAUCUGUAUGAUGAUAUUAUACCGCCGUUUCGUUUUUUCACGAAGAUCGUCAUGCGGUGCGUGAACGAUGCUCUGGACGCGACAAAUAAACCACAUUACCAGGAGCAGGGCCUGGAGGAGGCGUCCUGUGGAAGCAGCAACAUCACUAAUGAUAACAGUGGACUUAGUUGUAAUACCACAAUCGACUCUCCACCUGUUAUUGCGAUUCCUGCCGGUGUUGUGUUGCGCAGCACGAUCAGCAGCCAGCCAUCCGAGUCCGCCAGUGUGAGGAGAAGCUCGGCGGGCCGGAAGGUGCUCACCGCCUUUUGUUUUGAGCAUAGCGUGAUUCUCUCCGGCUUUGCAGAUGGUCGUGUCACGAUNGGCGGGCCGGAAGGUGCUCACCGCCUUUUGUUUUGA